CAGGUUCCCGGUUGAAGAAACGGUCCGAAGUGACCUGUAGUAUUUGUAAACAUAAACACGUGGGCAAAACAAAAAUGCCCCCAAAGUCAAAACAACAGAAACAAGAAUGGCUUCAGUGUGUGAAAUGCAAACACUUGAUUUUUCAUAAAGACACUGAAAAGCAUCCCAUUGAAUGUGAUUUACAAAAAAAUUACACAAGUUGCAGCAUCAUUGGAAACAAACUCAGUGCAUUAAUUUCCCCUUUGAAUGCCUUAGAAGUUGGGAAGCUUGGUUUACCUCAUGAUUUAAGUGACAAUGUUAUUGUUGUUCAUCCCAGUACAAUGAAAUAUUGUGGGCUUGCCAUUGGACGACCAUGUUUAUUGGACAGUCAGUAUGUCAGUAUAGCCUGGCCUUCAACUUCCAUGGCCCAGACAUCAGUUGGGGUACCAGAUAAUUUAGUAAAUUUGCUGGAGAAAGAAUCUAGUGGAAAGUUAACAGUAGAGCCAUUAAAAUACGGACUUCCAACAGCUUCAGCGAUCUGCUUGAAGCAGAGCACUGAUGGGUUACCACCAGAGGAAAGUUGCUUUCAAGAUUUUGUCAGAAAUAAACUAUGUGGAAAUUGUUUUAAAAUAGGAAAUAAAGUAAACAUUAGUUAUUAUGGACAAAUGUAUCAGUUUGUAGUGACAGAUCUAACCAUACAAAGAACUCAAAAUCUCAACCAAUCAAAUGUUGAUGAACUAUCACAUGACCUUUCUGGAAUGAACAUGUCUGACAUGUCAUGUGACACAUCAUUUAAAUCACCUGGUACACCUUCAAGUUCAUUUGACAGAUCUUUAUCAUCUGAAAAUCAAAGUUUUAAUAAUUCUUCUCCAAUAUCAAGUACUCCAAAAUCUAAACCAAGGAAUUUAGACAUGUUUAAAACUCCAGAGCCUCCUGGCAAACAGAAUUUAAAGAUGGAUGAACAAUUUGCAAAAAUAGCCUCACAAACAAGACUGAUGAUUUUACGAGAUGAACCGAUUGAGGAAGACGAUAUAAAAGACAAAGUGACAUUUGAUUGGAUAGGAGGACUGAAAUCUCAGAUAAAAGUGUUAAGGGAAAUGAUUCAGCUUCCUCUAGCACAACCAGAACUCUUUAAAUCAUUUGGAAUACCUCCACCAAGAGGAGUGCUGAUAUAUGGUCCAUCAGGGACAGGGAAAUCAUUGUUGAUUAAAGCUGUAUCCAAUGAGGUUCAGGCACAUGUAAUAAGUGUAUCUUCAUCUGAUGUCAUUAGCAAAUUUUUUGGUGAAUCGGAACUAAAACUAAGAAACAUAUUCACAGAAGCAGAAGAACGAGCGCCAUCUAUAAUAGUUAUGGAUGAUGUAGAUUCUAUUUUACCAAGUCGAGAUAAAACACAAAAUGACUCCCAGAAAAGACUGGUAGCCACCAUGUUAACAUUGAUGGAUGGGAUAAGUCAGAACCAGAGAGAAGAUAAAGUUAUUAUGGUUGUAGCUGCUUGUUGUGUACCAGAUCAGAUUGAUCCAGCAUUGAGGCGACCUGGGAGAUUUGAUAAAGAAAUUGAAGUAGGAGUACCAACAUCACAAGAUAGAAGAGAGAUUUUACAAAAGCUGUUGCAGAAAGUGCCAAAUACUUUAGAGAAAGAAAUUAUAUUGAAAAUAGCAGAUAAAGCACAUGGUUUUGUUGGAGCAGACCUUGCUAGUGUUUGUCAACAAGCUAGUUUGAACUCUUUGAAGAGAACUCUAAAGAAUAGAGGGAAUCAAAUGGUGUCUGUUAGUGUGACUAAAGAUGAUAUAUCUGUUGCCAUGACAAUGGUACAGCCUAGUGGUAUGAGAGAAGUACAGUUAGAGAUUCCUCAGGUCCUUUGGAGUGACAUUGGAGGACAAGAAGAGAUUAAAUUAAAGUUGAAGCAGGCAGUAGAAUGGCCACUGUUACAUCCUGAGGCCUUUGAGAGGAUGGGAAUUAGUCCACCACGUGGUAUAUUGAUGUAUGGUCCUCCAGGAUGUUCCAAAACCAUGAUUGCUAAAGCCUUAGCGACAGAAAGUGGACUGAAUUUUAUUGCAAUAAAGGGACCUGAGCUGUUUAAUAAGUGGGUUGGAGAAUCAGAGAGAGCAGUAAGAGAAGUGUUCAGAAAGGCAAGAGCAGCAGCGCCAUCUAUUGUAUUCUUUGAUGAAAUUGAUGCAUUGGCUGUAGAAAGGGGGAGUUCUGGUGGGAGCAGUAAUGUUGGUGACAGAGUCCUAGCUCAGUUGUUGACAGAGAUUGAUGGAGUUGAAAGGUUAAAAGAUGUCACGAUUGUAGCUGCAACAAAUAGACCAGACAUGAUUGACAAGGCAUUAAUGAGACCAGGUCGAUUAGACAGGAUUCUGUAUGUACCAUUACCUGAUGAAAAAACAAGGCAUGAAAUAUUAAGAAUUAACCUUUGUAAAAUGCCAGUGGAGAGUUCUGUUGACAUUGAUUGGAUUGUACAGAAAACAGCGGGAUAUUCUGGAGCUGAGAUCUGUGCUGUUUGUCAUGAAGCAGCCAUGAGUGCUUUACAAGAAAACAUUGAUGCAAAAAAUGUGAAAUUAAAACAUUUUAGUGAUGCCCUGACAGUGGUGACACCUAGAAUAGAUUCUGAGCUUAUUAAAUUUUACAAUGACUAUCAAACAAAAAGUGGAAUAAAUUCUAUAUAAUUUAGAAGUAUUUUG